AUGCUCACCCCAAUCAGCCUCUCAGACAGUGUCCUUCUUGAUCCCCGACAUAGUCCAUGCCCUCAGCCGCAUCAAGAUCCACGAUACCCUCCCAUGGGAGCUAGUGGAAUGCAACAUGGACUGGGAAUCACUGGAACAUCUGCGCUGAACUACGUGCAGCCUGGCAUACCUUCAUAUGAUCCAUUUCAUAGACCUAUGAUGGGCAACGUAACAGAGCAUGAGUCGACUGACUAUGAAAGGGAAAGAGGACAUAUGAGAGCGUCUAGAGCGCCAUCACACACUCCAGCGCAUACACCUGUCCUUAUGAGACCUACUCCAGUCUCCAUUGCCCCUAAUCCAGUGGGACUCCGGCAGUUAGAACAGGAGAGACAAAUCUGUCAGGAAGAACAGCCUCAGCGCAACCCUAAGCGACGCCGACGCACUCGCAGAAGAUCGACUCAGUUGGAAGAAGAAACAGAUUAUGCUAUAAAUCUUAGGAACGAUGGACUUCCGUGGAAGGAGGUCGUUUCUCAAGUAAACUAUCGUUACAAUUCUAACUAUACCGCCUCCCGUCUUCAAAUGCGAAUAACACGUCGAUGGCAACGUGCGAUGAAAGGGUGGUCUGAGGAUGAUGUGAUACCUAUUCCAACUCCUCUUGUCCCCUCUCCCUCGUCACAAACAGCAGGUGGACUAAUAUUCUCUCAGAUUCGAGCCCUUCAGAAUGCUCAUUCGUACUGGGAGACUGAAAAAUUCGAGAUCAUCUCACAGAAGGUACAAGAUUUUGGCGCUACAAAGAGGUGGACUCCUUCUCAAUGUGAGCAAAAAUGGGAAUUACUUCAAACGCAUAGUCGGGCUCUAGAGACCAGUCCCAGAGAUGUGGAAGAGCACGAAUCAGGCGAAGAACAAGAAGCUGAGGCCGAAGACGAUGACGAAGAAAUUUACUCGAAGCGUUCUCGAACCCAGUAA